AUGGACAGUCUGUACAUGAAAGGGGAAUUGCUACAAGUCACAACUAAGAACAGUGAAGUCUAUGAAGGUCAUUUCUACAGUAUUACCAGUGAUAAGUCUAAAAUUUCUCUUUAUAAUGUUAAGGAGCUACCGCAAGGAAAUGAAAGUGAAGGUAUAACACAUUACUAUAAUUCUGAAGUAACUAACAUAGUGAAACUUAAGACACCUGACAUUCAGAAGCUCCUAAAGAUCUCAGAGAAGGAAUGUGAAUUGAUUGUUAAUAUUGCAAAGAAGUACAUCUUUAUAAAUCAAGUUGAUAACAGUUUUCAUGAAGCUUUGGAAGAUUUAAAUCAGUAUAGUUAUGUGAGUGUCAGCUCGGAUGGUUCAGCAAUGGGUCGCAAAUGCAAGAUGCCAUUUCUGGUAAUGGCUACUCCUCAGCAGAUUUACAUCUUUGAUAUUCAGGUGAUGCAGUAUCAUGCAUUUGAGGCUGGUUUACGGAAGCUCCUGGAGAGUGAAUUUCCAAAGAAAAUUGUGCAUGAUUGCAGGAAACUGUCUGACUGCUUAUAUCAUAAGCAUAUUGUGAAGUUGUCUUCAGUCUUCGACACUCAGGUUGGUGACAUCAUAAUCCAGAGAAAUAAACAAGGCCGCUUGCCUGACACAGUGAAAUCUUUGUCAGAAUGCCUCAACACUUAUCUCGGCCUGCAGUUAAACGCCAUUGAAGAGAAACUAGACAUUCUGCAGUGCACUGUUCGUCCAUUGUCUGCCACUAUUAAAGACACCCUUGCAAAAAAUGUAGCCUUCAUGCACCGUCUAUCAGAAAUAAUCAACGAAGAAAUGAUGUUACCAUUUGUGCGGGGUGUGGAAUGCUUUGUGGAGAACCUGCGCUCCAGCGAUGACUUCAAAGCUUGGGAACUGUGUGGCAAGCAUCACCAAUUACCAAAGGAUUUUAAGAGUGCAAUUGAGUAUUAAUUUUACUUUAAGAACAACACAUUCCUGUGAAAAUAAAAUAUACUUUUUUUAAAGUGGAAAAAUUACUGCCUUGGGUGAGACUUGGAACUCACAGCCUCUGGAUAGAUACUCCAGCGCUCUGCCAACUGAGCCACCAAGACCUCAUCCAUAGUCAGCAAAUCUUCCCACUAUAUGGGUCUAUAUGGGUUCAAGUCUCACCCAAGGCAGUAAUUUUUUCCACUUUUAAAUUUAUUCUAAGCUUAAUAGCAUCGAUCGCAGACGUUUCUGCUUGUUAAAAAUUAAAUAAAAUAUAGUUGUAGGCCUGUUUUGGUUUCUCAUACACCUUUGAUCCUUACCCUUUUUAUUUGCAUUUUAACAAUGAACAUGUCUGAAAUUUAAAUUGUGUGCUUUACUAGUUUUCUGCCUUGUGUGGUAAUAAAUAAAAUGUUAAGAUUAAGGCAUAUGGACUUAGUAGUAAUGGGCCAUAUUAUGAUAUAAUACAUAAUAGCUUGAUGUAUCUGUGAUUGCUGGACGCAUGUGUCUGAUUAGCUUUCUAUCUAUAAAUUAAUAUUUUUGCAUUUUGUAACUGUCACAGAAAUACUUAAAGUAUGCAGAUAUAACAUAAAUUUUCUUAAAAUAUAGAGCUAAUUAUAUUCUUGCAGUUGUUAGGGGAAUAAGAUAUCAUUAUAUUCUACAUAAGGCAUAAGGAUACCAUGUUUAGUACUAGAUGCGGCACUAGAGUGUAAGAUUUAGAUCCUAUUUUAUGAGAUGGUUUACACGACGAGGGAUUAUAACGAGUUUGGAUAUUAACGUAAUUGUGUCCAUAAUUUCAGGCAAAAAGCUUAUGUGAAACGUUAAGGCGGCUUAAUAAAUACAAUGCUUUAAUUGU